UUCCUGAGCCACGGGGUCGCCGACGUGGAGGCUCAUGUCCGGGUUUAAUUCAUUGAACAGGACUAAUAUCAUACUGCAGCAUUUGAGAAUGUCUAAGCACACGGAUGCCGCAGAAGUACUGUUGAAAAGAAAAGGUUGUGCAGGAGUGAUAACACUAAACAGACCAAAGUUCCUAAAUGCACUGAAUCUUAGUAUGAUCUGGCACAUUUAUCCACAGCUCAAGAAUUGGGAACAAGAUCGUGAAACUUUCCUGAUCAUUAUAAAAGGAACUGGUGGAAAGGCUUUCUGUGCUGGGGGUGAUAUCAGAGUAAUCUUUGAAGCUGGGAAGGCAAACCAGAAGAUAGCUCAAGAUUACUUCAGAGAAGAAUAUACACUGAACAAUGCCAUUGGUUCUUGCCGGAAACCGCAUGUUGCUCUUAUUCAUAGAAUUACAAUGGGUGGGGGAGUUGGUCUCUCAGUUCAUGGGCAAUUCCGAGUGGCUACUUUCAGUCUCUUUUUGUGA